CUGCUCCCCUCCAGGCUUGCUCCUCCCCAACCCAGCUCCUGUUUCCAAUGCACGUACAGCCCGUACACACUGUCCCGGGACACCCCACAGCUAGCCACAUGGCUCCCCUGUGCCCUAGCCCCUGGAUCCCUGGAUUGAUCCCCGCCGCCUCGGUACCAGGCCCUGCUGUGCGAUGGCUGCUGUUACUGUUGCUCCUGGUGCCUGCCUGUCCCCAGAGCCUGCCCCAGAGGCAGGGGGCCACCCCGAUGGCAGGAGAUUCAUCUGGGGAAGAUGACCGACUGGGUGACGAGGACCUGCCCAGUGAAGAGCACCUACCUGGAGAGGAGGACUCUCUGAAGUUAGAGGAUCUACCUACUGCUGAGACUCCCAGGGACACUCAAGGCCCCCAAAGCAAUGCCCACAGGGACAGCAAAGGGGAUGAUCACAGUCAUUGGCGCUAUGGAGGCAACCCGCCUUGGCCCCAGGUGUCCCCGGCCUGUGCAGGCCGCUUCCAGUCUCCGGUGGAUAUCCGCCCCGAGCUCACCGCAUUUUGCCCCGCCCUGCGGCCCCUGGAACUAUUUGGCUUUGAACUCCCGCCCCUCCCCGAACUGCGCCUGCGUAACAAUGGCCACACAGUGCAGCUGACUCUGCCUCCCGGGCUGGAGAUGACCCUGGGUCCCGGGCGCGAGUACCGGGCCCUGCAGUUGCAUCUGCACUGGGGGACUGCGCGUCGCCCGGGCUCGGAGCACACGUUUGGCGGCCACCGUUUCCCUGCUGAGAUCCACGUGGUUCACCUCAGCACUGCAUUUGCCAAAGUUGAAGAGGCCUUGGCGCGCCCAGGGGGCCUGGCAGUGUUGGCUGCCUUUCUUCAGGAGGGCCCAGAAGAAAACAGCGCCUAUGAGCAGUUGCUAUCACAUUUGGAAGAAAUUGCUGAAGAAGACUCAGAGACUUUGGUCCCAGGACUGGACGUUUCUGCACUGCUGCCUUCUGACCUCAGCCGCUACUUCCGAUAUGAGGGGUCUCUGACCACACCCCCUUGUGCCCAGGGGGUCAUCUGGACUGUGUUCAACCAGACAGUGAGGCUGAGUGCUAAGCAGCUCCACACUCUCUCUGACGCCCUGUGGGGACCUGACCGCUCUCCACUACAGCUAAACUUUCGAGCAACACAGCCUCUGAAUGGCCGAAUCAUUGAGGCCUCCUUCCCAGCUGGAGUGGACCGCAGCCCUAGAACUGUAGAGCCAGUCCACCUGAAUUCCUGCUUUGCUGCUGGUGACAUCCUGGCCCUGGUUUUUGGCCUCCUCUUUGCUGUCACCAGCAUUGCCUUCCUUGUGCAAAUGAUAAGGCAGCAAAGACUCAGAAGUGGGACCAAAGGGAAUGUCAGCUACCACCCAGCAGAGGUAACCGAGACUGCUGCCUAGAGGCCUGGAACUUGGAGAAUGUGCAGAGACGCCACUGAGGAAUCUGAGGGGGAACUGGAGACUUUGUUCUGUCCUACCCAGUACACUACUUUUUUACCUUCAGAUAUAUAUAUUUUUAAUGUUUCUAAUAAAAUAUGUGAAAGGCAGCUUUGUUCCCCAAAUCGGAA